GCAGCCGCCUCCUUCCUGCUGCCGGCGCGGGGGUGGCGGCGCUGGCGCGGCGGGGACGGGGCAUCGCGGGCCCGGGCGCCUCCUCCCCUCUCGUCUCCUGUCCUCCCCAUGGCCGGGAACUUCUGGCAGAGCUCGCACUAUUUACAAUGGAUUUUGGAUAAACAAGAUCUGUUGAAGGAGCGCCAGAAAGACUUGAAGUUUCUGACUGAAGAAGAAUAUUGGAAACUACAGAUAUUUUUUACUAAUGGUCAUACUCACCUUGUACACAAUGAAGUCGAGUUACAUUUCCCUUUUUGAAGGCAUCCACAAGCUUCAGGAUGCAGUGCUGCUUCUUCACCUGCAGUUAUCCAGGCUUUAGGUGAACAUCUUAAAUUAAGACAACAAGUUAUUGCCACUGCUACAGUCUACUUCAAGAGAUUCUAUGCCAGAUAUUCCCUAAAAAGUAUAGAUCCAGUAUUAAUGGCUCCUACGUGUGUGUUUUUGGCAUCCAAAGUAGAGGAAUUUGGUGUUGUUUCAAAUACAAGGUUGAUUUCUGCUGCUACUUCUGUAUUGAAAACUAGGUUUUCGUAUGCCUUUCCAAAGGAGUUUCCUUAUAGGAUGAACCAUAUACUAGAAUGUGAAUUCUAUCUCUUAGAAUUAAUGGACUGCUGUUUGAUAGUAUAUCAUCCUUAUAGACCUUUGCUCCAGUAUGUGCAAGAUAUGGGCCAAGAAGACAUGCUGCUACCUCUUGCAUGGAGGAUAGUGAAUGACACAUAUAGAACUGAUCUUUGUCUGCUGUACCCUCCUUUCAUGAUAGCUCUAGCUUGUCUACACGUGGCCUGUGUUGUCCAGCAGAAGGAUGCAAGGCAAUGGUUUGCUGAGCUAUCUGUCGAUAUGGAAAAGAUUUUAGAAAUAAUCAGGGUUAUUCUGAAGCUGUAUGAGCAGUGGAAGAACUUUGAUGAGAGGAAAGAGAUGGCUACUAUUCUUAGUAAAAUGCCUAAACCAAAACCACCUCCAAACAGUGAAGGAGAACAGGGUCCAAAUGGUAGCCAGAACUCUAGUUAUAGCCAAUCUUAAAACAUUCCAAAGAACUUCUGUAUGGACCACUUUGACUCAAGACAUCCUGGGAUCUUUCCUGUGUUCAUGAAAUGGACAGAAUGUUUUAGUAACAUCUUUGACAAAGAACUUGAAGAAUAAAUAGCUUGUUUAUGUCAAGCAUUUUGAAAGCUUUUUCUCUAAAACUGCAUCAUUUUCUCUGACGCUGGAGCAAAUGUACUAAGAUUUUUCAGUGUAAGGAGUCAAGCUGCAAAAGAUUAACACUAUCCACUCAAAACAAAUAGUUCAUUAUUGGUUUUGUUUGCUUUGAGAAAAUUGUAACUUGCCAUUGAAGUGAACUGUUUUUAAAGCAACAGUAACCUGAAGCCUAAGUGUAACUGUAUUAAUGACUUGUGUUGUCUUCAUUUCGUGUGACUGAAGGGAGAUGGUGCGCUGUACAUUAAAUCUAUUCAUUACCUUGAAUUUUACUGAUGUUUUUAAAAAUAAAUACGGAUUCUGUAAGAAGUAACACAGCAAUCCUUCAGAACAAAGCCUAGAAGAGCCUGGAAGGAAUAUCGUUACAGUUUUAAUGAAAGCUGCAGGAAACAAAUUCAGUUCCCUUUUUUUGGAUUAGAGAAAUGCUGUUUUACUUAGUAGAAGUAUUUGGUUGUUUUUGCCAUGAAGCGUAGUAGCCCGGCUUAACAGAGAAGUGCAAUAUGUAUAGUGAUUCUGCAGUUUUCUUAAACAUUUCAAGUGUUAGGAACUUAAAAAACCCACCAUACUAUGUUGUUUGUGUUUUUUUUUGCAAGGAAAUGUACUGUAUAGUACAAUUGGGAUAUUUCAUGAUCAAAUACAAAUCUGGAUAUGAUUGCUGUUUUUUUUAUGGUGGAUUUUUUUUGUACAAAAGAGAUGAACUGUUAGUCUGCCUUCACUGUUGGUGUGAAUUUCUGUGGUUCAUUAGAGAGUUUAUUUAAGAGGAUCAAGCUUUUGGUGAGCUUCAUGCUGGCAGACUUUAAUUGUGAUAUUAGGAGCAACUCUUUAACUGAAAUGGGAUUCCUUGGUUAGCUAUGUGCUGGAGAAAAUGAAAUUCCUUCAAACAGAAGGCCAAUGUCCUGUGUUCCUUACUCAGGCAGAUAUCCCACUGAAGUCAGGAAUUGACCUAAUUCAGAUUUAUUGAUUUUUAGAUAAUUUUGUUUCUAAUUAAGGUCUGUACAACAUCAUUUUGAAUAAUAAUGCUGAAUUGCCCAAGUAUAAAAAAUGAAUGAUAAAGUGUAAGAAUAUAGUUGUGUGGGUAUUUUUGUGUUUUUUGUUUGUUUGGUGGUUUUUUGGUUUUUGUUUUUUGCCUUGAAGCAACACAUCUCACUUGUCUGAGGUAUUAGAGGGAAGUUGAAACUCCUGCUCUAUAAUGUGUCUUUGUUCAAAAAACUGGCCCCUUAAAAAAACCCUGUUUUUGCAAAUACUUGUCUUUGUAAUUGGCUGGUCAUUCAGUGAAAUGUAACUGAAGUGUGUUUGUAUGUAGCCUGUUAGGCUACUAGCAUUUAUUUCUGUUCAGGUUAUUUUCAUAAAACAUGAGGUAAACAAUCUCAAACCACUUGGGUAAGAUAGAAAAUAUAUAAAUUUUGGUCCUUGGUACUUUUCUUGCCAUUUGAUCCAUACCUUUUAUAGACACUUGAUUGAUGAAGUGGAAUUUGGCUAUUUGCCUUUGUUUCUUGAAGUCUAAAGUGUGCUAUUUGUAAUGUGGACUUGGGGAGUAGAAAUAAAUCAAUGCAACUUGA